AUGUCAGAACAGCGAACCCCCGACGUGUCCAAGAUUGACCAUGGAGACUCGCAAGCCCGUGACCGGUACAUGAUGGCAUUUAAUGGAGCCAUUAAUCACUUUAACUACGACAGAUACCAGCUCGCGAUCAAACUUGCAAUAGACAAUGUCUGUGCCGAUUUUGAACGAGAUGGGGUUUCCACAGUCGGUGUGGCUUACUUCGAUUACAAGCUGCACGUGGCUCUUUGGGACAUUUACUUUGGUGAUCUUGGGAAUGAUAAGCCUGCUUGCCCGUGGACCGCUCGUCCUGUACAGAAUGACCCCAACGACGAACCCGCCGACGAUUACAUCGACUGGCGCCGCCGACGGGGAAUGGCAGACUCCGCUCAGUCACAGAUGGAUGUCUCUGCCAACAAUCCCGUCUCGCAGGAGGGCGAUUCCCAGUACCCGGCUUCGUUAUUUGAGAGCCUACAGCGAGUGCGACGCCAGGCUGUCAAUUCAGCGAAUGUGGCUGCUGAAAUGGGGAACAUUGCCAUCGAAACGCACAAAUCGAUGGAGAAAGUCCUUGAUGAGAAGAGAGUUCUUCAAGAAAAGGUCGCAAGUUUGGAAGAGGAGCUGGCACGCGUGCAGUCCGAAAGGAACAGCCUCAGGUGUCGACUCAGAGACGCGACGUUCACGGCGCCACGUCGCCAACCCCCGAGCUCCAGGCAGUGA